GGAGGUGGCUGGAACUCGCUGAAGUUGAAUUACGUUGAAAAAACCGAACUAGCACCGAAUCAUAUAAAUUUUGUUCUCAAAUGCGGGGCAGCAGACUACUGUCGACACAGAGUCGCUAUUAGCGUUUGACUCUCUAACGUGGUAUGAAAUAUUAUCUCAGUUAGUGUUCAACAGGCUCUCCGCAUACCCUCAUCUCCUCACGCAAAACGCAAAACGACAAUGAAGCUUUCUGCUUGUCGCCCACUUAUUGUUCUGAUCAUGGAAUCAUACCGUCGUCUUGAGCGGGGUAGAUGAUUGCGGAUGAUCUGCGGCAAUACACCACGUUUUUUUGCGGGGGAGUAGUCAACUACCAGCCGACUCUGUGAAAGUGGAAGUUUGCUAUAAGUUGAGAUGAAUUGCCUUUGCUCAUCUAGAUCACACAUCUGGCUCUUAAAGUGCAAUAAUACGUUAUAGUCAUGACUUUGAAUGAUCCCAAACCCGAGUCCCGGCAAGAUGAGUUUUCGAUCAGCCAUAUUGAAAACGGAGAUCAAUUGGCGAACCACUCCAAAUUUCCCAGUCUUUUGAACUUCUUGAUUGUCCUUACUGCUGCAAUCUCCAGUUUUCUAUUUGGCUAUGGAAAUAACGCGGUCGCUGGAAGCUUGGCCCAGCAGACAUUUCUUGCAAAGUUUCUGAGUGGACCAGAUUAUACCGCCAUCAUUGAUGGUAUUGAGUCAGUGUUCUUCGGCGGAGGUUUCAUUGGAACGGUGCUGCAAGGAGCGAUAUCGGACAAGUUUGGACGCAAGAUAUGCGCAGAGACGGCUGCCAUCUUGAUGAUCAUAUCCGGAGUUCUCAGUGCUGCGAGUGUUAAUCCCGCCAUGUUUAUCGUCUCCCGAGGAUUCUGUGGAUUAUCUGCCGGUAUGAUCUUGGGAAAUAUGCCUGUGUAUAUGAGCGAGAUAUCGCCCCCCCACGCGCGUGGCCUGCUAGUCGGAAUGCACGCUACAUUCAUUACAAUUGGAUAUAUUACGUGCGGAGUUUUUGCGGUUAUUUUCAACUUUGUGACAUCAUCUAUUCAAUGGCGUCUGCAGUUUAUCAUGCUGAUCUUUUUUUCGGUUGUUUGCGCCAUCACAAUCUUGAUCCUUCCGGAAUCUCCAAGAUGGUACGUCGAACAGGGAAAGAAAGAAGAAGCUCUUGCAGUCAUGGAGCGCCUUCAUCGCACCAAAUCAGAUCCGACGGCAAAACUUGCUCGAGCAGAGUUUCACCAGAUUGUCGCCCAAGUUGAGGAGGAAAAGAAGCUUCCACACAGCUGGUGGUAUAUCUUUUCCAACGCCCAUCUUCGCAGGCGGGCCUACUGCUCAAUCCUUGCAUUCGCCAUGGUUCAGUCCAGUGGCCUUUUGGUUAUCUUCAAUCUCAUGCCUAUUCUAUUCGCAUCACUUGGCUUUGACAAUCUCAUGCAACUAGGACUAUCUGUUGUUUGGGUAACGUGUGCAACGAUUGGAGCGUCAGUCAACUCCUUGAUUGUGGAUAGAGUAGGUCGGGUUACGCUUUUAGUUAUCGGCGGAUAUCUUUGCACUAUAGCCAUGGCUAUUCAGUGUGCCCUGCAAAAAUACUACCUUCAUUCGGACUACAAGCCAGGAAUCAACGCUUGCGUGGCAUUCUUUUAUAUCUUCAUUCUCUUCUACGCUGUUACUUGCGAUGCUACCGUCUAUGUUUACAACGCUGAAAUCUGGCCAACUCAUUUGCGCAGCAAGGGCGUCACAUUUGGUCUCGGUUCCUAUUUUAUCUUUGGCAUUGUUUACAGCAGCCCUGCUUCUCAAGCCUUUGAUCAAAUCGAAUGGCGAUACUAUCUUGUGUUUAUCUGCGCGACCUUUGUGGCAGUCAACCUUAUCUGGUUGACCUUCCCCGAGACUAAGGGGUUAUCUCUUGAGGAAGUCAACAUUAAAUUUGGAGACACUGUGCAGGUAGCCUUGACAGAUAUUCGUGUGGAUCCCUAUAACGUGCCCAAGCCAUAUCCAGAGAAGACCGAGAAUGAUUCAAGCUCUUGAUCAGUCUUACUGCAAUAUUUUCUUGUUUGUAUUUCUUUUGUCUGAUGUCUUGAUUCUUUCCUGCUUCUUGUUUCUAAUUUCCUGCUUUUUGUUUCUUGUUUCUUGUUUCUUGCUUUUUGCUUAUUGCUGCUUGUGUUCAACUGUUGCUCCGUAUGUGAACAAAUAUAGGAAAGUGAAGUGCAACACCUCUAUAGUUCUCUCGUUCGGCGACCGGGAGACCGAGAGCUGAAACGCAAUAUCUGUGUUUCAGUCGUUAGUUUCUCUCGCGCUAAGUGCUUUGGUAGGAAGGC